CUCGCGAGUCACGCGGGCGUCUCUGUUGCGCCCAGUCGCGUCUAACAUCGCGCGUGUCUAACAGUGCGCUUGACUUUACGUAUCUAACUAAUAAACACGCCGGGGUGCUGCGCGACGUCAAAGAUACACAAGUUCCAGGGAUUCCGGAUUGUUUGUUGAAUUGUUCACCCCCGCGAGGGCAUUUAGUGUUCCUGAAUUUUCGCAUUAAUAUUUCACUGAACAACAGCCCUUUCGGUUUCAUCUUACACGCUGUCUAACGCACACAGGAUCUUGACACUCGCUUUAAAACUGAUAGCAGAUGUCAUAAAGAAAAGAAGAAGAUUGAAUUGUUUACCGUACCGCUGCGCCGUAUCGCGAUUUUUUUUCAGACGACUUAUCUCACGCUCUCACGAUGCUUUCUGUGGUCUUUCGCCGGUUCCGGUACAGCCGCGGUGCAGCUAGAAAGAGCACGUAUAGGGCCCUCGUUCCUCUCGUAAGUUAACCCUUCGCUCUUCCUCCUUUUCUCACCUGUGUCCAAUCCCGUUAUCUGUCUCGUUCCAAGUGCAGAAAUUGCAAGCCUACAAAAACAUAACUGCGGUGCAUUCAGGAAUUCCAUGAUGGCGACGGCCAGCUAAUCACAGCUUAAUGACAAGAUAAUUAAUCACAACAUUAAUGAGGCAUAACGUCGUAUCAGCGGGACGGGUGGAACAGGUGAAACAGGUGUAACCGCUGUGGGGAAUAGAAGGAAAAAAAUAGUAAGACUUCUCUCAGCUUCAGCUCGUAAUCAACUUGCAAAUGUGACUUUUUUUAGAAACCAUCUCGUUUACGUACGUGGCUGUUUAAAAUUGUAAAUUUAUAUAAUUUUUUUUUUUUUUUUACCAGACAUACAAGUGCGAGAAACACUUUCGAGAAACCCUUCCCAUUAUGUGAGCGAACUAAAAUACAAGUCUCGUUACGUGAUGAUUUGAAACAUAUCUGGCUGUCAAACAUAUCCGACGCAUUUAAAUCGACGUACUCAUAAAAAAGUGCCAGGGUCGAGCUAAUUGACUUGCAAAUCUCGGUCUCGGCAAAUAUUGGAAGUGCAGUGAAUAACAAGCUGGUGUUGCGAGGUGUCUUGUCGCUCACUCGAGUCGAGGAUGGAGCAUAACCCCGGGUUUGUCGACCUGCUCGAGAACAGACGGCGGGAUUGUGACUUUUUGUGGGCGACACGACCCAUGGAUCCGUCGUUGCCGCACAUGUUGCCGCCGGAGUCGGUCUACGACAGGGAGAGGGUCAUGCAGGCUGUCCUGCACGACAAGCAGGUCAAAGCUGCCAUCGACACCGUGGCGAGGACGACGGGCGCCAGUGUUAAAGAUGUCGAGGGCAGUGCCCGUGCCAUGAUAAACGAGAUGGCCAGCAAAGCGGAUCUGGCGACGGUUCGCUGGCUAGGUAUUUUUAUUACGAAAGCUAUGAAGAGGAUGUUCUCGAAGAUUUAUAUAAAUGAAACCAUGCUUUCCAACUUGAAGAGGGAGACACGAAUAUCGCAAGUACAGUAUAUCUACGUGCCAUCGCACAGGAGUUACUUGGAUUUUGUUCUACUGUCAUAUAUUCUCUUUUCCUACGACAUGGCACUGCCCAACAUCGCGGCCGGUAUGGAUUUUUACAAUAUGAAAAUAGUGGGAGAACUGUUGCGAAAAACUGGAGCCUUUUACAUACGACGCAGUUUCUCGAAUGACGUACUGUACAAGCAGAUUUUCCGAUCGUACAUCAGCACUAUCGUCAGUCACAGCGACAGGGCGAUAGAAUUUUUUAUCGAGGGCACGCGGAGCCGCAGCCAGAAGACGACGAUGCCGAAAUACGGUCUUCUGUCAAUCAUUGUAGAGAGUUUGCUUCAAGGCGACGUGCCGGACAUACAUUUUGUACCCAUGAGUAUUAAUUACGAACGCCCGCCGGAGGAGUUGUUAUUCGUUUACGAGAUGCUGGGCGUCCCGAAACCGAAGGAGAGUACGACCGGACUUUUCCGGUCGCUCUCCAUUCUGCAGAAGCCCUUCUCGCACGGACGCAUUUUCUUUAACAUCGGGGAACCGAUAUCCACCAGCCGAUUCGUGGACAGGUCGUAUCGCCAGAGGAAAAUUCUGCAGCCCUCCUACAAAAUCCCGUCGUCAGUUGUGGAGAAUAUUGCUUAUCUUAUAAUAGAAGCGCACAAGAGGAAUACCGUGCUCAUCCCGAUCAACAUCAUCGCUUUGCUCGUCAAUGAACGAAUUCAAACGAACCCGAAGGAGCCGUACACGCUCGAUUCGCUGGCCCAGGACUAUCGAUGGUUCAAGAGCUUCGUUACCAAGUCGUUGAAAGCCUUCAUGCACGAAACCGAAAUCACCGCGAACGAUACGGUCAAACAGGAAAUAUUGGAAUCCUUAAAACCGCACGAUGAGUUAAUAGUAGUCGAUUCCUCGAACACGUUAAAAAUCAAACAAAGGCAUAAAGGAGUUAAACAAAUUAAUUAUUCAAAUAUCAAAGGUCAUCCCUUGUCCGAACGGACUCUGCAAGUAGCGGUACCUGCCAUUAAUAUUGCGAUUUAUAUCAAUCCGACCCUGAUUUUUUUGGCGCAAACGGCUUUCAUAACUGCAACGAUAGCAGAGAGUGGCACGCAAAUUGAAGCAGCUUUGGAACGAUAUGCACUGUUGAGAAGAUUGCUCAGCACAGAAUUCGUGAUGCGUCCGAUCGAAGACGAAGCCUUAAUCAGGACGGAAUGGGAAAAGUCGUUGAACGUAUUGCUAUCACAGAACUGCUUGUACACAGCGAAUGAUUCAAUUUUUAUAGGAAAUAACACCAAACUGUUUUCCAUCUUGCAUAACGUCGUACUACCUUUUAUAGAUGUUAUAUAUGUGAUAUGUAUCUUGUUAUCCGAGUGGACUGAAAGAACGUCGGUCGAGCUCACGGAUCGGACGAUACUCGUCGAGACGCAGAAAGAGGUGGAAAGAUUAAUGUUCGAGACUAAGGACCGAUGCCAGCAUCCCUACUGUCUGUCACUCGAUCUGUAUAGCACGACGUGGUCUAGCUUGUUAUCGCAGGAUGUUGUCGCACACCAGAAACAUUCCAAUACGUAUCGAACGGAUAGAGCAAAACUGGCGUAUCUCAUCGGUGCGUUGCGCGAAUUACCGUUACGACACCCCACGGAAAUCUACGUCAAUGCGUUUCCCUCGAUUAUUUCAACGCCAUUGAUAGACGUACAAGCUAAGUUGUAACGGUUUAUCGUAAAAUGAGAAAUUCGGUACACUGAUAAUAUCGGUAUUGAUAAUAUAUAUAUGUUGAUAACGUCGCUGGUACAUUCCGCUUUAAUUUCACGAGCUGUAGACUUAUAGACAGAGUACGCCAUUAUUGGUGGGCAUAAUCGGGAAAGGAGUAAUCUUACGUGAAAAGAGACGUAGAAAAUAUUCGAAUGAGAAUGAUCUUUCAUACAAGACUUUGAUCUUAUAGAAGCAGAUUUUGUGAAAAUCGAAAAAUCGUGACUUAUUAAAGCUAUAGAAUUUUUAAUCUUUUUCUACAUGUACAUACAUAUAUAAAGUUUUCAAAUCUUUUACUCGUUUUUUAAUACCAAAGUUGAUUUUUUCGGAAGUUUCCGAAAAGAUCAACGAUAUGAAAAAAUGUUAUCAUAUAU